GAACUAUCCAACCUCAUCAAUCGCACUACUGAGGCAACCAAGACUGCAAUACGCACAUGCAAUCCCACGCCAAGCAUAGAAGAAGCUCAUCUUCCCUCCAUUGACGAAUUCGUAUUAUACGUCAUUCUACGAUCCUACGCCACCGUCCCGGAACUCAUCAUGUGUCUCAUAUAUCUUUCAUGGUUCCAGGAACGCCUACCUCCUGGUAGUUUUAUAAUGCGACCGUCUACCCCUCAUCGGGUUUUCCUAGCAGCUUUGAUGAUGGCGCAUAAGGUCUACAAUGAUAACAGCGUGAACAACACUUGCUGGGCGGAAUGCAGUGCUUUCCCUGAAUGUGGUUUCGCUGGCUUCUCGAACGUGGAGGUGAAUCUGAUCGAGAAGGAGUUUUUGUCAUUUCUCGAUUGGGAAGUACACAUCAGUCCCGACCUCUGCCCUGGGCUUGUGAGUGUUGUAUUUGCAUCAAUGGGUAUGCAAACUCUGCACAGGGAUUGUGGCACUGCUUCGCCUGCCUACCACCGGGCUACGCCGAUGUAG